AUGCAGUUCUCCACUGUCCUCUUCACUGCCGUGUUGGCCUUUACAUCCCAUACCGCCGCAUCUGCUCUCCCAUCCCAUACCAACGCAUCUGCCAUCACCUCCGAGGGUGCUUUCCGGGCCGCUGAAUCAGACAUUCAGGUCAUCGACGUCCUCGCACCGCUUUCUCCAGUCUCCAUACAAUCCGCCGAUGCGACCAAGAACGCUACAGCCACAGGUGGCAGUCAACUCCGCAACUGGCUAGUCACCGAGGUCAUAACCGAAGAACCUUCGGACGAUCCUGGACGCGCCCCCUGGUCUGUUAUCAAGGCAGAAAUAAAGGAUCCCAACAGUUAUGACCUCGGUAUUGGGGGCAAUGGACGCAGUGUCACCUCGAAGGCUAGAAAGCAUUCAGUCAAGUGUGAAGCCAAGAUCGACACGGUCGAAGAUACAUUUUUCUAUAACCGCGCCUGGGCCUGCGAGCCCGUCAAAGACGGAUACUGGACUAUGGCAAUCACCCUGGCUGGAUUUAUCCCCUACUCACCACCCGCACUCUCGUAUGACGACAUCUACCUGAACUUCACGCAUGUAGUGAGUAAAUUCAACGAGGGCGUGAAGCCGCAGAAGUACGAGGCCGGGGUAGAAAUCGCAAUCGUAUUCUUUGAUCUUGGUCCAUCCGGUUGA